UUCAGUGCCCACCUCUCCAGGCUUUCCCUGUCCCCCCACUUCCAGGUUAGCUGCCCCAGAACUUUGUCCCAGCGUGCAGACUGUGUGCUCAGCCUGGCUGCCACCCCUUGUUUUUUAUUUCAUCCUCCAUGUAUCUGGCAGGCAACUCUCUGUACCACAAUGAGAUUUACUUGUUCACCCAUAAACAGGAGCUUACUAGCUGGCUUCCACGUUGGGAUCUCUGCAGGAACUGGUAGCUUGCAUGGAAAAAAACACUUUGCACGCACCACUUGGCAUCAGAUCAGUGCUCUUUCUUUCGGAGCAAUACGGGAAUGGCAGGGGAUUACGGUAAUGGCAAGGAUACUGCCUGCUACAUCAGCAGAGCAGUAAAGUUACUGCUGCUCCUUGACAGCGUGGAGCUGAGCACUGCAACUGGGGAGGGUGCUUUGAGGGAUGCUGGAGCCAGACCCCGCACAGGCACUGGGCUACAGGGGAGCAGAGCAAGGGUGAAUCAUCAAAACACCAGGGGGAGAGAGAGGGAGAGAGGCAGUGGAUUUGCAGGCAGAGAGUCCCAUCUCUGCGUGAAGAGAGGAGCCUGCUGUGUUGUGCUGUGAAUCUCCUUUCCAGAUGCUCAGAGGAGUUGUGCUGCCUUCUAGAGACUAAGAGGGGGUGAUAAUCUGAAAGGAGCACAACAGCCUGCGUCACUCACAUGGCAAACUCCACUCUCCCCUUCAGAGCAAGCCAGAAGCUGAUGUAAACCAACUUCUAUUCGUAGCCCAGGUGCCAACUGCUCCACGGCACGCAGAGGCUUUGAGUGACCCUUCAGCCCCUGAGGACCAGUGGUGGCAGGUAUCUCAAAUGACAUUGCCGAGCAGACAGCAGCAGCCUUCACCCUGCCAGGUUUCUGCUAAGGCACUUGUAAAACAGGAUCAGGACUAAUGCAACGCAAUUAAAGCAUCAGUGACUUCCUCUUAGGAGACACCUAAAUUUGAGGCCCUUUGGAAUAUUUAUGUUACUUAAAUAUUGAAUCUUGCCAAGAAGGCAGAAAUGACCUUAACCUGUAAUUCCGCCUGUAAUCCUUCUCAUCACACUACCCUGGGAUGUAGGAGUAAGAGCCUCAGCCUCACUUCUGCACCCCAAGAACAAUGCAAAAGGGGUUAAAUUUGACUGAAAUGGUGGCUAUUAACUGUGCUAGAAUGGUAAGAACUUAGGGAUAAAAGCAGGUUUUCUAUUCUGUUUCUGGAUCCUUCUUGUUGAUCCUGGUGCUGCACUUCCAAGACUUUCUUAAGAACUCUUUUCCCCAGCAAAGCCAGGCAAAUGUCGCCUGUAGGACUUUCUGAGAACUGAUCUCAUCACUCUUUUCACCUGAAAAGGGAGUGAAGUACAUGCAUGAACACUGUCAGCCACUCACCAUGGUCUUCCUCCCUGGAAACUCAUCUGACUGCUCCAACUGCACCCACUCUGUGGGGCCCGUGAACAUUUCCAAGGCCAUUUUGCUUGGUGUUAUUCUAGGCGGAUUAAUCAUUUUUGGGGUUUUGGGUAAUAUCCUGGUUAUCCUCUCUGUAGCCUGCCACAGACAUCUUCAGAGCGUUACCCACUAUUACAUAAUUAACCUGGCAGUAGCUGACCUCCUCUUGACUUCCACUGUCCUGCCCUUUUCAGCCACUAUGGAGAUUUUGGGCUACUGGGCCUUUGGGAGAAUCUUCUGCAACAUCUGGGCAGCCGUUGAUGUCCUUUGCUGCACUGCUUCCAUUAUGAGCCUCUGUAUCAUCUCGAUAGACAGGUACAUCGGGGUGAGCUACCCACUGAGAUACCCGAGCAUAGUGACAGAGAAGAGAGGCCUCCUGGCUUUACUGUGCGUUUGGGCACUGUCCCUGGUGAUAUCGAUCGGACCUCUUUUUGGCUGGAAGGAGCCAGCUCCGGAAGACGAGACCAUCUGUCAAAUCACCGAAGAGCCAGGCUACGUGCUGUUCUCUGCCCUAGGCUCCUUCUACCUCCCCCUGACUAUUAUCUUGGUGAUGUACUGCCGCGUGUACGUGGUGGCCAAAAGGGAAAACAAAGGGCUCACCUCUGGUCUGAAGACUGAGAGAUCCCGUUCGGAAGAAGUGACCCUACGGAUCCACCGUAAAAACACUCGCGAAACAAGCGGGUCUGCAUCCAACCCCAAGAGCAAGCACCACUUCUCGGUGCGUCUCCUCAAGUUCUCCCGGGAAAAGAAAGCUGCCAAGACCCUGGGAAUAGUUGUGGGAUGCUUCGUUCUGUGCUGGCUCCCAUUUUUUGUAGUCAUGCCUCUUGGUUCUUUCUUUCCUGCAAUCAAACCCCCGGACACGCUUUUUAAAAUAACAUUUUGGCUUGGAUAUUUAAACAGCUGCAUCAACCCCAUAAUCUAUCCGUGCUCAAGUCAAGAGUUUAAGAAAGCGUUCCAAAACGUCCUGAGAGCGCAGUGCCUCCCAAGGAAGCAUGCAGCAAAGAAGCAAUCCCCAAGUUUCAACCUCAACCAUCCUGCUAGCCAAAGCAUGGAAAGCAGCAAAGGUGUGGUCCGUAUCCCCGUCGGCUCGGGCGAAACCUUCUAUAAGAUCUCCAAGUCUGAUGGGGUCUGCGAAUGGAAGAUAUUCUCUGCCGUGCAAAGCAUGCCUACAAAAAACGCAGUUGCUAAGGACAAGUCUAGCUGCACUGCUGCCAAAGUGAAAAGCAAAGGUUUCCUCCAGGAAUGCUGCUGUGCAGGCACUUCAGGGAAUGUGGUCCACGAAAACUGUAAAGUGCCAACCAUUAAAAUCCAUACCAUCUCCCUCAGUGAAAACGGGGAGGAUGUCUAAAGGACUGAACGUGCCUACUAGCGUAGGCUGGCAAACUUGUGGUUCUGCUGAUGGGAGGUUGCUCUUUCUAUGGGAAGUUGCUCUCUUCACUGGGAAGUAGAAGUAGAGGCUAUAACAGCUGAAGGGGGUUGGGUGAAAUGAAUAGAGUACCGUAAAACAGUGCCAAGUCUUUUGAGGAGUGGUGUCUUAGUGCUGGGAGCCUGACCAAAGGCCCUAAAAGACAGUGAACGGCUUCAGUGGAUGGUGAGCACCUUAUGCUCUUCCAUAAGACUGGCCCCUGCAAGUGAUUUGCCUGAUAUUUAAAGGCCUUAUUUUUCACUCUAUUCCCUUGUUUUAAAGGCCAACUGCUCUGAUUUAGGCGCAAGGAUGGAGAAAGAGCAAACUACAAAGCUCCCAUACUCAUUUCAGCAUGAAUGCUUUCAGACAGCUCCGAGUCUAGAGCCACCUCUGUGACUUUUUAAUAAUAAAAAGAUAAACAUUGAUUUAACAGCCAGGAGAACUGAGGUCGGGAGGCUCAGGUCUUGGGACAGUGUUUACAGAUCUCUGCUUACUUUUUGUUAAGGGACUGUGGACAAGAAUGCGUUCCUACCGUGUCUUGCCUCUUUUGUUCAUCUCCAGGUCCCGGUUUGGCGAGGUCCUACACCCCUUGCUGAAGAGGCCAGGCAGCUCUUUGGAUUACACCUUCAGCUGGCCAGCCGCUGUGGUCCUCAUCCCUGAGCUGUGCCAGGUGGGGAUCUGGUGUUCUGCAGUGGCCACAAGGCUGCUGGGCCUCCACCUGUCUGGAAAGGCAGCAACUUCAAAUCACAGGGCACAGCAAAACUCUCUCGGCUCUUGCCCUGCUUGGGGUUGCUCGAAGUUUCCCGUGGUGCUGUGGAUUUCGAUAAAUUCCACUGCCAAGAGAAACUGAGUCCAAGUGGCUGCACCCCACCUAGCUUCAGAGACAAGCCAGAACUUUUCUUUUUUGUACAACCCCCUGAAAUCCCCAACCAAAUCCAAAUGAAAAUUUGCAUGCGUCCUAAGUUUCUUUGGAGGGUGUCUGUGCUUUGAUGUGGGUCUGAUAAAAUUCAAAACUAGGCAAGGCAUCAUCAAAUAACGUUUGAGGAGGUCACUUCCACUAAUCCAUUUGUUCUCCUUGAUCCAAGUCCAGAAGGGGACUGCUUAAAAACUCAAAAACUCCUUGCCCAGGUGCUUGCGCUAGUCAGAUCCCAGGGUACCGCAGUGCCACCAUCGCUGGAUAAGAGCUGAUGCUUUGCUGUCUCCUUGCCCAGUGUCACGCCACAUUCCUCUUCUGACUCCUCCAGUGCAAACUGCCCUAAGCCUUCCAAGAGACCCUGGUACCCUGAAGUCAGGAACUUGAUCCCUGUUCAGAGCAGUGGGAGUUAAGCUCAUUAAAUGACUUAAGCAUGUACAUCCUCAUGAGAAAGGGCCUUCCUUUGGGAAUCUGGGAGAAAAGCAUUUGGAAGGAUGUUAUAUUUUAAUACAACUAAUCCAAAUAAAUAAAUAAAUAAGCCGCUCAGCAUCUGGAAGAAAUAGGGGGAGGAAUUCUCUGUACAAUAUUAGAAAUAAGCAGCUCUUGACAUAACUCCUCCUGAGCCUGCCAAGUAAGAAUGCAGUUUCCUUGAAACAAGACACAAGCUUUUACUCAUGUCUCGGAUCCUGCACCGUGCUGCAUAUCUACUAGCUUGGAAAGGAAAGGGGCUUCAGAUAACUUUUACAGGAUAGGACCUUGGAAGGACACCUCAGUCAUAUUGAUGAGGAAUCAUUGUUUAUUCAUCUCUCACUCAAUAGUAAGUCUCCAGCAUCAACAGAAUUUCAGACUUCUGCGUGUUUUAUUUAUGCACAAAUGAGGUUUCUUUCCUCCUGCAAUCACGUUUGCAGCUAGAACACUACCAGAAAAUUUGCAAAAAGUAAAAUCCAACUCUUAGAGUCUUGUAAUACUGUUGCUUUGCACAAUCCUGGAAGCAGGAAGCCACCUCAGAGCCUAAAUGCACUUCUUAUCAAUACAGAGCCUGUUUUACAUGGCCAGGAUGCUAACAAUGCACCCCCGUCAUAAAUAAACGUUGAGCUCAAGGUGAAAGAAUAGCGUAGAUGGACCUUAGCCUGUGUUUUAAGUAACCAGCUCACAGACGCAGGGCAAGCUAGUGAGUUUUCCCCUUCAUUUGGCCCUGUUCUCAAUGCAUUAAAAUUGUGUGAUACUAUUACACAAUAGAAAACCUACGAAGGUCCCAUAUCUGCCUGUCCAUUUUCCUUGUACCACUCGCUGCCUCAGAUACACAUCUCAUAGGUGUUUUCAGGUGCUAAUAAGUCACAUCAGGCAGAGGACUUUCUUCCCCAAGCCUUCAAAUUAAUGAGCACACAGGGAACAUGAAGCUAAUAUCCCCCAGCCCAGCCUGCAGUGGUCCUGCAGACAUGGAGAAGAGACUUGAGUUUGGAAGCACAGUGUUUUUCAGCCCAUUAAGGUUUUGCUGUGUUUGGUGUGCCAGUAAAUGGCACCUUCCAGCACUUCUGCUUGGACGAAUGAACUAUCUAGCUCAGCUGAUUGACUUAAGCAAAUAUGUUUGUUCUCUCGUAUGAAUGCUGGGUAAGAAAGCUACAGAAUGUCCCAAACAGGUUAAAAUUAGAGAAGACUUCAAAUCCAAUCCCUAGACUCAAAGCUUUAUUUAUUUCCAAAAACAGGUAUUCACAGACAGCAAGCCUGUGACAUUAUCCUAUUUUUAUUUUAAACAAGAAACCCACCCCACCCUUCAAACUUUUCUUCAGGUUUUUCAAUAAAGACUAGGAUUUGAAACCAGGAGUGUUGAAAUACCACAAAAAAAUAUUCUCAUGGUAUUUCAAGCCAAGACCAGAAGCAGAAAAGCUGGAAAUCUCAUAAGAAAGUCACAUGAGACUCGUAGCCAAGGUUUUCAGUCUCACGGGGUUCAAAUACAUGGGACACUUAUUUGAAGAAAACCUGAACUCUGAAGCAUUUGAAAACACCCAUUAAAUUGAGCAAAGAGAGGAAGAUUUAGUAUCCCCACUGCAGCCACUUGCUGUCUAACCCCAUUUGUAUACCUAUUUUAUAGCUUGGACCAACAAGGUCACUUGUGCCAUCUCUCCUCUGGAGCACUUUACAUAGCAGCUCUCCAGUAAUUUUAGAUUUGCUGAGGUUUUGUGGUGUCAGGCAAAGGGUUGUUGUGGAGCUACCCAUGGGUUAGAACAAACGGCUUCCUCCUUUAAUUGUGGAGCACUUCUUUACACUCACUUCAGAUUCAAAUUAUAUUGCUACUACAGAAGUCAGCGUGCUGGUGGCACUGCCUGGUUUCAGGGACAGGAGCAGAGCUCCUGCCUCAGAGAGGCAGAGGUUAGAAUAACGAAGUCUUGGUCUCAAUCUUUACCCUUUUUGUCUGUCAUCAAACGCAGUAAAGAACCUCUUUUUGUCCAGUGACACUGGAAAGCACUCGGACCUCCGCAUCAGGCAAGCCUGGUCUAGCCACACCUCUGCUGCUGUCACAUCUGCCAGCAAAAACAAACACAUGAUUUGUCUGGGUCACUCUGAGAAUUCCCGCAUGAAAACCGCCCGGUUCCCUCCCCGCAAGUAGGGUCAUAGGCACUUGUCAUCUUGAUGGACAUUUGGACUGACAAGUUUCAAUAGCUGUAGAAGGAGUUCUAGAGGGGGAAAAUAAGUGCAUAUUUAAACAGCACAGAUUUUUCUGUUAUUUAAAGUGAACUUGGCACUGGUAGAAGAGCUACAGCCCCAGAGUCUGAAGGUUGGUCUGUAUAAAAAGCACUAGCAGCACAAGAGAUUCCCCACUGGCUUGCCACCUAUCAUCAUAGGUAAAAUUUCUCUACAAUCAGGACUCCGUUGGGUGGGUUACUCUAGGAAUACAUAACAGAAGAGAGUCAGGGAGUUUAGAAAACAAGGGCAAGUUGGUCAGAUCACUGGAGUGUCAUGAUUCUCCUUCCGUCACAUCCACUGAACCACACUGACCGGUUAAUUGACAUGUCCUGAUGGAAAUCUUUGAGGGUUAUAUACAUCCAUCUUUGAGGGUUAUAUACAAUAUACGCUGUUUGUGUAUAUUGUAUAUACAGCUUCCACAGUCAGUGUUCAUUUAGACUUACUGUAUUAUGGUUUUGAGGCUUCGCAUACUCCUUCAGCUUAUUCAGGUCCCAAAUACAGUAAAGUUUGCCCAUUAUCCAAAUGUCUCCUCAUUUUUAUGAUUUCUACACUGCCAAGACCAAGGAUAAAUUAUACAUCAUAUAACGAAAUAUUUCCCUUUGCCAGGCUUUAAUGCCUUGAAAAGCCACAGCAUUAAAAAGAGAUUGGAAUAUCUCUUGCUCUUCUACUCAGAUUCAGCAAACAGAUUCACAAAGCUUCUUCAGUCCUGCAAAAUUCCCCUUCUUGACUUCUUCAAUUUUCUGAAAGGUAACAGGGGCUGUAGUACCUUAAAGCAAUUGAAGUCAGUUAAAAAAGCUCUUAUUGCUAUACUGAAGUGGAAGUCAGCUUUUCCUAGGCAUGCCUGUUAGUCUCACGUUAAAUAAUGUUGAUGUUUGAAUGGAUUUUUAAGAACUCCCGUGUAAGAUAAAGCUACUGAGGUAGAGUGACUCAGUGAUUCCUUAAGGAAGAUUUCAGGCAUCCCAUACUGAAUCCACGCUUGGUAAUUAACUCAGUAUCCUAUUCAGAGGUGCCUUUACCCUCCUUCCUGUCUUAGUAUUGGUUGGAUAAGUAAAACAACGCUGAAAACCAACUCAAUAGGACAGGCUGUUGGCACCAGUUAUUUCGGGAUGAUUGCUGCCAUCAACAGCGCCAAAAAGCAAAGCCAAGCCAGUCUGCGAGACACUGCACGAAGCUCCAGGCCUAUCUGGGACCUCCCCAGGCAGUGUCGUUGUUUGCUAGAAGCAAAAGGCCCCCCAGAGCUCCUGAGAGAGCUGCUGGAAGGAGAUGGCUUUGCGCUCCCUGCUCUCUAUCUGCACUCCUCAUGCCUACUUCCAGUCAUCCUUCUGCUCGGAGCUCGUUAUUCUCACCACCAUAUCAGCCCUCAAGUUGUUUCCCAAGAAGCCCAGGAGCCAGCUAACGCUUUUAUGAAUGAACCUAUCCAGUAUUUACUCUGCUUCUUGCCUAAUUACAACGAGAUGACAGGGAGAAGGGCAGACCCUUUGACCAGACUAAUCCUGUCUUUUCCUAUCGCUGCACCAAACUAAACCUUCCCUAUCCAGAAACACAACCACCUACAUCUUGAAGGCACUCACGAGCAGACUGUUUAAUGUACGACAGUAUUAUGAAAAUCGAGGCGCUGCAAGAGAGUUUCUGAUGCAUUAAAGUAAGAUCUUCCACACAGCUUGAUAAACGUAAUUGAAUCACUUAUUUCCCAGGAGGAGAUUAAGCAUUUGUACUCGGGAUUCAAGUAAAAUGUCAGGCCUUCUAUGCAGAACAUGCUGCAUAUUUCUCAUACUGGCAGAGAAGGAGAAAAGUAGCAAGCAUGAGCUAAGGGGAAAUGAAUUGCUAAAGAGGAGAGCCAUGUAUUGUGAGCAAAUAUAAGAAAUAACAUGUUUUUUUAGUUCCACAACAUGCUCAAAGGGCCGGUUAAUGUAGAUUGCUAUCUGUUAAGCUGAGCUUAAAUCCAGCCUGAAAAAUUCCUCUCCUUUAGCAUCACGAUACCUUUGGAUCUUUUUCAGAGUCAAAAUGCCCAAGUGUUUACACCAAAAAGCAAAACUGAUUUUCCACGUGUCAGACUAAAUGACAAGACCUUCCUGUAUCGAUCUGCAUUUCUACUGUCAAAACUUGGUCAUUUUUCUGAAGAAAAAAAAAUACAGCCGGCAUUUCAGCAGAUUUCCACUUAGACAGCAAUUCCACUCAGCUAAUUAUCGCAGCAUCAUUGUUUUGUGGCACAAUACCUUUGCUGAAUAAUGUUAAAUACCUGAUUGUACUUAUGUUACAACCGUGGGAGUUGUAUGCAAGCUGGUGUGGUUUUAUUUUGUUUGUUUGUUUUUGCUUAGCCAGCCUUUGGUUGCAGAAAAAAUGUUUUAUUUCUCCUCUGUCUGCAGCAGCAUUUCGCCUGCAUGUUGAACAAAUUUGGCUGCCAAUGGUUUCCAAAGACAUUUCCUGAAAUGAGCACUGCAUUUUCUGGUAUUCUGAUGUCAUUGAAUUUUCUAUAUGCUGUUUUUAUAGGCCUGUUUAUUAUGCAACAUGUUUGAACAGUCAUACUGGUCAUUUCCUUGAACAAAAUUGAAUGUAUAUGAAAUAUUGCUCAGUGAACAAAUAAAUUAUUGGGGGGGAAUGUGCACUUUGUGACAUGUGAGCUACA